AUGUCUCAGAAUCUUCACUUUGAUACUCUGCAGCUUCAUGCUGGAUCAAGUCAUGAGCCUGAUUCAACCACAAACUCACGAGCUGUCCCAAUUUACGCGACCAGCUCCUAUGUCUUCAAUGACUCGGCCCACGGCGCAAGGCUGUUCGGCCUCAAGGAGUUCGGUAACAUCUACAGCCGAAUCAUGAACCCGACUGUCGACGUCUUCGAGAAGCGCAUUGCAGCUCUGGAAGGUGGUGUUGCCGCUGUUGCCGCCGCCUCCGGUCAAGCAGCUCAAUUCAUGGCCAUCUCGGCGCUCGCUCAUGCCGGUGACAAUAUCGUCGCUACAAGUAACUUGUACGGUGGUACCUACAACCAGUUCAAGGUUACGUUCCCACGCCUGGGAAUCAAUACCAAGUUCGUCCAGGGUGACAAGCCCGAGGAUAUUGCUGCUGCCAUUGAUGACCGCACCAAGGCUGUCUAUAUUGAGUCUAUCGGUAACCCUCGCUACAAUGUGCCCGAUUUUGAGGCUAUUGCCAAGGUGGCACAUGAGAAGGGUGUUCCCGUUGUGGUUGAUAACACCUUCGGUGCAGGUGGUUACUUUGUUCGCCCAAUUGACCACGGUGCCGAUAUUGUUGUGCAUAGUGCUACCAAGUGGAUCGGUGGCCAUGGCACCACCAUUGGUGGAGUCGUGGUUGACAGUGGAAAGUUUGACUGGGGAAAGAACGCGGCCCGAUUCCCCCAAUUCGUCGAGCCAUCCGAGGGCUACCAUGGAUUGAAGUUCUGGGAAACCUUCGGCUCGCUUGCAUAUGCUAUCCGAGUGCGCGUUGAGAUCCUGCGUGACCUUGGCUCUGCCCUGAACCCCUUCGCUGCCCAGCAAUUAAUUCUCGGCCUGGAGACUCUGAGUCUGCGCUGCGAGCGACAUGCAACCAACGCCAUCGCCCUGGCAAAGUGGUUGCAGAAGAAUGAGAAUGUGAGCUGGGUCUCAUACCCCGGUCUAGAGGAUCACUCUAGUCACGAGCUCGCGAAGAAGUACCUGACUCGCGGCUUUGGUGGUGUUCUGUCUGUGGGCAUCAAGGGCGGCGCUACCGCUGGUGCUCAGGUCGUUGACAACUUCAAGUUGAUCUCCAACCUUGCCAAUGUCGGCGAUUCCAAGACUCUGGCCAUCCACCCUUGGUCCACCACCCAUGAACAGCUCACGGAGCAGGAGCGUCGUGACUCCGGUGUGACCGAAGAUGCAAUCCGCAUUUCCGUUGGCACAGAGUACAUUGACGAUAUCAUUGCUGACUUUGAGCAGUCCUUCCAGGCAUCAAAGGCUCUACCUGACCGUACUGCUUGA